GCAGCCGGGCUCUCCCUGUCCGGGGUAGAAAUUAAGACAGGGGAGGGAGCCGAACCUUGUCCCACCCUGAUGGGACGGAAUCACGCCGAAUCUUGUCUGCUGGUUGUCUUUGCGCCCCUUCUCUGUCCAUGCGCCGCCCUGGACCUGCGGGCUCUCGCGAGAAGAACAAGCGCGUGCGCCUUUUCAGCUGCCGCUAAGCCCAGCCUCGAGCGCCACGUCCAGCAAAACCCCCGCCUGCGAACGUUGCGACUCGCCCGCCCGCGCCAAUCCCGUCUCGGCCGAACCUGGAACCAGACGUCACCACCUAGUCGGCUGUUACCCGAGUGCUUUCGCCCGUUCGACCUCCCACCGCCGCCACGAGCACCGACACCACGCGCGGGCGCCCACUUGGGCAGCACCCUUCAGUUACAAGCCCAACAUGGCCGGGUUCAACGUGGUCAGGGCGCGGUCCUAUGUGUUCCGGCUGCCGCUCUUCACAAGAGUCGUCGGUGUGGUCAUGAUGCUCGCCUGGGUGGCUAGUCUGCAGAGCGCAUGGGAUAUCAAGGCCUGGGCCGCCCUCAAGCCCAGCGAGAUCAACCUCAAGACCCUCUACCGCACAAACACUUUCGUCUUUGUGCACAGGGGCCUCUUCCACGCACUCAUGAACGCCGUCGCCCUCACGCCGCUGCUGGAAAGGUUCGAGUCGGAAUACGGGACCCUGAGCUCUGUGGCCUUGUUUAUCGGUCCAUUUUCUACGAUCCCGGCGCUCCUCUAUGUUUUUAUUGAAAGGGCGAUAUUUCGAGUCGACAAUGCAGUCAUGGGGGCCAGCAUCUGGGUAUUUCUGCUCCUCGGAAUGGAGGCCAUACGGACUUACCGGACGAACCCCCACUUGGUCAUUGCGACGCAUCAGGUGCCGACGUGGACGACACCGCUGGUGCUCUGCCUGGUGAUUUCGGCCUUGGUCCCUGGCACCAGCCUGCUGGGGCACCUGUGCGGACUGGGAGUUGGAUAUCUCGGUGGUCUCGGAUACCUUAAAUUCCUCUCGCCGCCCGAGAAGGUGCUCAGGUUCGUGGAGGGUAAGCUUAACCUGCUGGGUCGGCUCCCGCACUAUGUCAGUGUCGAUCAGAAGACAUACGGGCGAUUCGGAGUGCUACCGUCGAGCGGGCCGAGCCCUGGGUCCGGACCUGCCAUCGGGCUGGUAGGGUCGACACAGCGUCUUGGGCCUUGAGGGGUUACUAUGAGGUGUGUGUUGUUGUCCAGGGGUUGUGUGGAAUUCCAGGGUGUUGUUGGCUCUUUGCUGCAUGCUGGUGCUAUUGGGCUCAUGCCCGGAUUCUGUCUUUGACUGUAUCUAUAGGGAGUACUUGUCUAUAUAAUAUGUGGUGGUCGUCUGAUAGCAUGUGGUAGCGUCGGGUGUAUCAUCAAUUUGGACCCCUGAAAUAUGCCGGCAUCGUCGCCCGCCACGAUGCGACGAUGUGGGGUGCCCCAUGUUUAGGUAAGCACGGAGCUCCUGCCGCUUGCAACGUCACCCACAGCUCUAGCGGCUGUUUCCAGGUUCCAUGCCA